UCCGGAGAGCCCACGGAGAGCCCACGGAGAGCCCACGGAGCCCCACGGAGCCGGCAGCACAUCCCACCGCAGGCGCUGCCGGGGUUGUGGGGGGCUGGUGCCGCCAUGAGGGCCGUGCUGUGGGACCUGCUGCUGCUCUGCCUGUUCGCCCGGGCGCGGGGGGAUUGCCGGGGGGAUUGUCUGCACUGCGACCGGCAGCUCUAUCGCGACUCCUUCGACGUCCUCAUCUGCAUCCUGGAGUGCGAGGGCGAGGCGGUUCCUCGGGCCACCUGGGAGCUCUGCGCCGCCGCCAGCCGCGCGUCCCCGCGGGCUCGAGACCUCGCCGCCCAACCCUGGCCCGACCCCAACCCGCCGAACCCGCCGCGGCGCCGCGAGGCCGGAACCACGCCGGGAGCCUUCCCGCAACCUCCCGCCGAGGACAUUUCCCGCCGCUUCCCGCCGGGCUGGCGGGCGGUGCCGGCGGCCAAGGGGGUGCAGAAGCGGUACGGGGGCUUCAUCGGGGUGCGCAAGUCGGCGAGGAAGUGGAACAACCAGAAGAGGUUUAGCGAGUUCCUGAAGCAGUACCUGGGGAUGGCGCCGCGCUCCACGUUCCGGCACCGCAUCCCGGCACCUUCCGCCCGGCACAGGCAAAAUUAAAACCUCCCGUCCACCCCAGCAGCUCCAUCCUCUUCUUCUUCUUCUUCUUCUCCUCCUUCUUCUCCUCCUUCUUCUUCUUCUCCUCCUCUCUCUCUGCCGGAUUCCCAAAAAAAAAAGGCGCUUCCGACUCCUCGCCCUGGGCCCGAAAUGACUUUUGCUCUUCACCCACCUAAAGCCGCAUUCCCAAAACCGCCACCCGACGGAAUUUUCGGCGCCACCGGAGCGAGAUUCCAACGGGGGAAGGG